AUGAGUUCUGAAGUUUCUCAAGAUACAAAGAGCGAUGUGGCUACGACCUCUCCGGAAAGUUGUAGGUUCUCGCUGCACGCUACAUUCACGUCAUCACCACCUGCUUCAAUAAUAGAACAGGUAUUUCAAACACAACAAGAAAGAUCCAAAACUCGGUUACACCCACUUUCAUCAAGUCCCCUUCAACUGCCCACACAAUGUCGACACUAUCGUCAGAUUAACCAUAACGAUAUUUCGCUGCAGGGGUCCAGAGCUGAAGGCAACAAGAGUAAAUACGACAUAAUCCAAAAAAUUAAAAAUCAACAUCGGCAAGAGAUACUUCAACUUCGUAGACAACGUAAGGAGGAUCAACAAUGCGAAUUCGAUCGAAUAAGUUCGCAGAAUAGUGAUCUUUUGGCUGUAAUAAAUGGAGAUGACAUUGAGAAAUUGUUGGCUGAAGAGGAAGAAAUUCGUCGAGAACAGAGGGAGAUUGAAAUUUUGGAGGAUGAAGCAGAGAUGCUAGAAUGGGAAGAGGAUAUGGAGUUGAUUGAAUUGAUACGUUGCUUGGAUAUGGAUGAGUCUUGA